CUGUUUGAGAUCUCGUCUGAAACUCUAGAGGAGACCUUACAUUACUGAGGUCUUAGAAGAAGAUCACUUGUAUGGAAAUGAGAAACAAUUGAAAACAUUAAAUAUUUGUGACUUCUUUCGUAUGGGAUCCUCUUACGUUCAGUGUUUCAUUUUGGAGCCGAGAAGAUGAGUGAAAGAUCUCUGGUGGAGUAUGAGCUGCAGUCGACUGUUUCGGAGCCCGGGGCCACAGCGGGGCUCCUGCCGGCCCCUGACACAGAGCAGAACACAGCGUUGUGUUUCGUUGGGCUCCUGCUGGUGUUUUUAGUCUUUCUGAUGGUCCGCUGUUUCCGGAUUCUUCUGGAUCCCUACAGCAGCAUGCCGUCCUCAUCCUGGUCUGACCACAAAGAUGGAUUUGAGAAGGGACAGUUUGAUCACGCGCUGGUUGAACUGUAUUUUGUGUCGUCUGACUCGAGUCUCUCUGGAUUAAUCAGGCGCAUCUGUGGACGCCUCUCAUGAGGGUACAAAUCUCAUAUUAUUUUGACGAAGAACAAAAACAGUCAGCAAGAUAUCAGCUCUAAACAUGUUUAAAUCAAUACUUCAGAAUCAAUUUUAUUUACAUGAUAGGAAAUAACAUUAUUCCCUUGGCAUUAAUUAAUUCACCUGUUUUAUUAACGUGUGACAAGAAAGAUCCUGGUGAGAUUUAUUAACUUUUACGAGCCGCCACAAAUGACAUUUUGGACAUCACCUGAUGGGUGAAAGGUCAUUUUCUGCUUGCUUUCUCUUUGUGGUCUAUUCAGUACAUGAAGGCAAUAAAUAAUGUCCUGCUGUAUGUGAAGAUGCUCAGUAAAUGAGCAUACAGCAGAUCUGAUUAGAAGACACAUGCAUUGACCGAAUAAUUGAUUAUAGUAUGCUGUAAAUCUCACAGGUAUUGACUCUCGCUCUCUGUUGGAGGAUAUGAGUUAACCAGCUCACUUCUAAACAUCUUCACAAGCUUUAGCUCUACUGUAUGUUAAACACAAAACAUCUUCAGCAGAUAGAAAAUGGAAAUGAUUUAUUAUGUCUUUAUAAAUAUGUUAUGUAGUAAGAGAUUGUCUGACUGCUUCUGCUAGUCGUCCGUUUCUGUGGGCAAUAUAUGAGAUGAUUUGUGACCAGUUCAUGGAUGUGUGAAAAUGACUUAAUGAUGUUUAAAAUAGCUUCAU